GAUCAGCUACUUUCAAGAAGUCCCUCACCCCUGAGAUGCCAGGAGCUUCUGGGCAGCCAGGCUCACAGACCAUAAAGAAAGGGCACAGAGGAGUGGACUCCACGGGCGAGACUACCUAUAAGAAGACAACAUCAUCUGCCUUGAAGGGUGCCAUUCAGCUGGGCAUUACCCACACAGUCGGAAGCUUGAGCACCAAACCCGAAAGAGAUGUUCUCAUGCAAGAUUUCUACGUAGUAGAAAGUAUUUUCUUCCCCAGUGAAGGGAGCAACCUGACCCCAGCUCACCAUUACAACGACUUCCGAUUCAAAACCUACGCUCCAGUGGCCUUCCGCUAUUUCCGGGAGCUCUUUGGGAUCCGACCGGACGACUACCUGUACUCGCUCUGCAGUGAGCCCCUCAUUGAGCUGUCAAACUCGGGGGCCAGCGGAUCCCUCUUCUACGUGUCCAGCGACGAUGAGUUCAUCAUCAAAACAGUGCAGCACAAAGAGGCCGAGUUCUUGCAGAAGCUGCUGCCUGGCUACUACAUGAAUUUGAACCAGAACCCAAGGACGCUGCUGCCAAAGUUUUACGGCCUCUACUGUGUCCAGGCCGGGGGCAAGAACAUUCGCAUCGUUGUGAUGAACAACCUGCUGCCACGCUCUGUCAAAAUGCACCUCAAGUACGACCUCAAGGGCUCCACCUACAAGCGCCGAGCGUCCCAGAAGGAGAGGGAGAAAGUGUUCCCCACAUACAAGGACUUGGAUUUUAUGCAGGACAUCCCCGACGGCCUCUUCUUAGACUCUGACAUGUACAAUGCCCUGUGCAAAACGUUGCAGAGAGACUGUUUGGUCCUGCAGAGCUUUAAAAUCAUGGAUUACAGUUUGCUCGUUGCAAUCCAUAACAUGGACCUGGCACAGAGGGAGCACGCCAUGGCGGAUGGGACGCUGCAGGCUGACAUGCGGCGGCCCGCUGCCCAGAAGGCCCUUUACUCCACAGCCAUGGAAUCCAUCCAGGGAGAGGCCCGGCGAGGCGGCACCAUAGAAACAGAUGACCAGAUGGGAGGAAUUCCAGCCCGCAACGCCAAGGGGGAGAGGCUCCUCCUGUACAUCGGCAUCAUCGAUGUGUUGCAGUCCUACAGACUUGUCAAGAAGCUGGAGCACUCCUGGAAGGCCCUCGUGCACGAUGGGGACACCGUAUCCGUGCACAGACCCAGCUUCUACGCCGAGAGGUUCCAGCGGUUCAUGUGCAACACAGCGUUCAAGAAGAUACCCUUAAAGCCGUCCCCGUCUAAGAAGAGCCGGUCUGGCGCGGCCGUUCCGCGGCGGAGCUGUCAAGGAGCAGUGCCUUUCCUGUCCCACGUGGCCUGCGAGACUAAAGCACAAGUGACGACAGAGGCGGAGGUGGAGCAAGGUUCCCACCUUGGGCGCCCAGAUCUCCUGCCCAGGACCCUGCCAGUGGAUGAAGCCAACAGCGAUUCCAUCGCAACGACCCUGUCCACAUCCUCCUUGGGCAGCGGAGGCCUCAACUCGCCCGCAAACAGGUCAGUGGGCGUGCAAGUGCAUAAAGCUGAGUGCUCAGCAAAGGAUUUGACUAGGACAGCUCCUGGCAUCUUCCUGUCUAGUGGCUCCCCAGGGCCUUCCAUACCCGAGCACUCUGCAGAGCUGAGGGAGCAGCUCGAAGACCUGCAGGAGACUGAGAUAAGCUUUGGUGCUGGGAUGCUGAGGACAGGCGCUGGCCCUAAACCGGGCCUCAAGGGCUCCUUGAACCUCUGGAUGCCAAUUGAACGUCAGGACGGGCACCGGGAGCGGGAGGAAGCUCAGCUCGGGGCUGCCUGUGCUUGGCUCUUCCCCUCUCCCUGGCUGGGAGCUGCGGUGCCCCGGUCCAGCCCAGCGCUUGUGGCCUCGCCCGACCCGCGCAAUACAAACCCGUGCUGCUGCCCUGCUGGUCCUGCGCCUCUGUGCGGGGGGACGGGAUGGGGGGGACCGGGCCCCGGUGCGGGCUCUGUGGGGAGCGGGGCCCCGGUGCGGUACCGGGGGGGGUUGGAGCGGGGCCCCGUUGCGGUAUGGGGAGGAGGGAGCAGGGCCCCGUUGCGGUAUCGGGAGGAGGGAGCGGGGCCCUGUUGCGGUGCCGGGGGAGCCGUUUCGGUGUCUGCGGGACGGGAGGGGUGGAAAGGGCGGGCCCUGCGGAGGCUCCUCUGUGACGGCCUUUCCGGGACUACAACUCCCAGCAUGCUCCUCACCUCCUUCCGCCACUCACCUCGCGAAGACGGGAAGCGGGGAUUGGCCAGUAGCGUGGAGCUAAUCGGCGGGCGCCUUGUUGGUUCGGCUCCGUGCCGGUGCCGAGGAGCUGGCGGCAGGAUGGUUCUGGAGAGCACCAUGGUCUGUGUUGACAACAGCGAGUACAUGAGGAACGGGGACUUCCUCCCGACCCGCCUGCAGGCGCAGCAGGACGCUGUCAACAUCGUGUGCCACUCGAAGACCCGCAGCAACCCCGAGAACAACGUGGGGCUCAUCACGCUAGCCAAUAACUGUGAGGUGCUGACCACGCUCACGCCGGACACGGGACGGAUCCUCUCAAAGCUACACACGGUGCAGCCCAAAGGGAAGAUCACCUUUUGCACAGGGAUCAGAGUCGCUCACCUGGCUUUGAAGCAUCGCCAAGGCAAGAACCACAAGAUGCGAAUCAUUGCCUUUGUGGGGAGCCCUGUGGAAGAUAAUGAGAAAGAUCUGGUGAAACUGGCGAAGCGUCUGAAGAAAGAGAAGGUCAACGUGGACAUCAUCAAUUUUGGAGAAGAGGAGGCCAACACAGACAAGCUGACCGCCUUCAUCAACACCUUGAACGGCAAGGAUGGCACCGGCUCCCACCUGGUGACGGUGCCACCGGGGCCCAGCCUGGCUGAUGCCCUCAUCAGCUCCCCCAUCCUGGCCGGGGAGGGCGGUGCCAUGCUGGGCCUGGGCGCCAGUGACUUCGAGUUUGGGGUGGACCCCAGUGCAGACCCGGAGCUGGCGCUGGCUCUGCGUGUGUCCAUGGAGGAGCAGAGGCAGCGGCAAGAGGAGGAGGCCAGGAGGGCUGCAGCUGCCUCUGCGGCUGAGGCUGGGAUAGCAGCCACUGCUGGGGAUGAUUCGGACGAUGCUUUGCUGAAGAUGACGAUAACUCAGCAGGAGUUUGGCCGGGCCGGGCUGCCCGACCUCAGCAGCAUGACGGAGGAGGAGCAGAUUGCUUACGCCAUGCAGAUGUCUCUGCAGGGAGCAGAGUUUGCCCAGGCGGAGGCAGCAGAAGUGGACAGCAGCACCGCCAUGGACACCUCCGAACCCGCUAAGGAGGAGGAUGACUACGACGUGAUGCAGGACCCCGAGUUCCUGCAGAGUGUGCUGGAGAACCUGCCGGGCGUGGACCCCAACAACGAGGCCAUCCGCAACGCCAUGGGCUCGCUGGCCUCGCAGGCCUCCAAGGAGAGCAAGGACAAGAAGGAGGACGAGAAGAAGUGAGGGCCCGGGGGGUGCCCGGCCGGGGGGGGGUCUCUGCUGUCGAGGGGCAAUAAAGGCUUCUAUGGGC